CUCACCCUCAACACACCAACGGCAGACGCAGACAGUGCAGACGAACAUCAUGGCUUUUCCGAGAAGCUACCUCGAACCCAACCUUACAAAUGGGUUGAUCCGACCUGAAUACAGGUCCGACAUGAAAAUGAUGGCCUGGGACGUUCCUUUAAACGCAAUAGAUGAAAUUCCAAAGCACUGGCUCACAUUUCCCGCCCCCGAAAGUUACCUCCAUCAAAUUAUCGCAGUGAUUUACGUCUUCUUCAUGAUCUUCUCGCUAGUUGGAAACGGAAUGGUCAUCUGGAUCUUCGGAGUAUCAAAAUCCCUGCGCUCGGCAUCCAACAUGUUCGUCGUCAACUUGGCCAUCGCUGAUUUUGGCAUGAUGCUGAAGUCUCCGAUCGUCAUCUACAACUCACUUUAUGAAGGAUACGCGCUCGGAAAGUGGGGAUGUCAAGUUUUUGGAAUUAUGGGAUCGUACACUGGAAUUGUUCAAGCCACGACUAAUCUUUGCAUAGCAUACGACAGAUACAGAAAUAUCUCAAAUCCCAUGGAUGGACAAAUGAGCAAGAAGAAGGCUUUCUUCUUCAUUCUGUUGACCUGGGCGUACGCUACCCCCUGGACCCUGAUGCCCUUCUUUGAAUACUGGGGCCGAUUCGUUCCUGAGGGCUACCUGACCACAUGCAGUUUUGACUUUUUGACCGAGACGAUCGACAACAAACUUUUUGUUUUCUUCAUCUUUACUUUCUCCUACGUCUUCCCCAUGUCAUUCAUCAUUUUCUUCUAUUCGCAGAUUGUUUCUCAGGUUUUCAAUCACGAAAAAGCCUUGAGGAAACAGGCCAAGAAAAUGAAUGUUGAAUCUCUGAGAAGUGGAGACAAAGCAGCCGUAUCUGCCGAAGUUAGGAUCGCAAAGACUGCGAUUAGCAUUUGCGGGCUAUUUAUUGCCUCCUGGACUCCCUACGCCGUAAUUGCAAUGAUCGGCGCUUUUGGAAACCAAGCUUUGAUAACGCCUACCGUUUCUAUGAUCCCUGCUCUCACCUGCAAAAUCGUGGCUUGCCUCGACCCAUAUGUUUAUGCUAUCAGUCACCCCAAGUACAGACUUGAACUGCAGUCCCGUUGCGCCUGCCUCAACAUUAAAGAAGAGGCUCCUGAAAAGGCCGACACUUCAGCCGCCGCCGCCACCGUUGCCGCGUGAGCUGGCUGAAAAAUCUUGCCUGUGGGAUCUGAUAUUUUUAAAAUGGA